AUGCCUCGCGGACCCAACACAAGCAAGCGACAGCAGGGUGCUGCGAAUCAACGAGACACCAGGCACGAGAAUGGUCUUGUAGGUCCAGGCAAGCGGGUACAGAAGCAGAAGAGUAACGGUCAUCUCAAUGGGCAUGCCAAGUCUCCUGACAGCAACUCGUCAACACCACCGCUUCCUGGAACUCCUCCACCGACAACGAAUGGACAUGCGCGGCAUCCGAUCCUUGGAGAGCACACGGUUGAUCCAAAGGUGGUAGGAGAAGCUGUAAGGAGAACGUCGGUCAGUGGGUACUCGGAUUCUUCUGCAUCAGAGGUCUUCCAGCACACACCCGGCACCGCUGCAAUGCAGGAGAAUCACCGCCAGAUCGACGUUGGCGCCCUUAAGAACCCUUCUGUACAUCGAGACUCGAUCAAUCUCGUCUUGACUGUUCUUCAAUCAUGUCCUCUGCGCGACACGCUUGCCAUUCUCAUCGUCCUACUCCAGAUUCCACCUACCUUUCUCUCGAUCGUACACUUCCUCUUUGCAACCUUGACAUUCGUCCCUCCUUCGACUGCGACGUCUUCUGGCUUGAGCUUCACGGACAUUCUACAAGGAACGUUGGGUACACCCUCUAUUGGCACAAUCUUUCUCAUUGAUAUGGUUGUGUUGCUGGUGUGGUUGUUCUUGGCAAGCCCUCUUCAGGAUAUCGCGUUGGAUCUAGCACAGACUGUAAUUGCAUUGACGCUGGGAGGAGGGACAAGUGGGAAGGAAGCAGGGACGAAGAACGUGUUAUGGUGCAUCUGUAUCAUAUGGGUCUCUCACCUUUUCCGAAACGGGAGUAUCAAGCAAGGCGGCCUGCGAGCAAUCAUUGAGUCAAAUCUCCGUUCACCAGAUCCCGAUGAUCCUCUCGAGCCAAGUUCGCCAAAUGGGAACAAGAGGCAUGGUUUGAUUCGCAGCAUUUUAGCAAUUCAUAUUCUUACACAGGGAGUUGUUCGAUACAUACGGGAUUGGUAUGUUAGGAGGGAGAAACGGGAUCAUUCAGCAUCCAUAGGAGAUCCGGAAGCGGGCAAACCGACGGCUGAUGCGAGCGAUUCGGCGUUGACGACGGGUGCUGAGACCGAUUCAUCGAUCUCUCUGGGCACCGCGGCGACAUCGAAGAAAAAGAAGAAGCACAGCGCGCAAGUUCGUAUACGGCAGCCUCUAUGGGCUGCUCUAGCGAGUACAAAAAUAGUCAUGGUAAAAGAGUACGAAACAUCACAUACAGCGGCCGAGUCUGCGGGCACAAACGCGACAGAUAUGAACAAUCUUGGAAAUGCACCUUUCAAUGCUGAAGCAGACAGGAUCUGGGUGACUUAUGUUGGGUCCGAUGAAGUCUACUUCAGUACCAGUUUUUUCCCCAUUCAUACACCACAACCGCCGGAGGAGAGGAGCAGCGGGGGAGUUGAUAGGUCGAAACCGUUUUAUGUCAGGGUGAAUAGGGCGCUAUGGCAGCUAACACGGAUUAAUGUCAUCAACGAUCCCGCAUCACCAUCAGGGCAAGAAACGAGAUGGAAUGGUGAAAUCUUUGGACUUGCACCGACGUCCAAUUACCAGUGUGACUUUCACAGCUCGGUAGACGAUUCUAUCAUCUUUUCUACCAGCGUCCGCACUUUACAAUCCCUCACCACCGAUUUGGCGAUUUCACCAAACCCACAAAUCACAGGCCGUCCUGGAUCCCCCAUCACGACGCUUAAGACAUCCAUUGCCAGCGCUGAACUCAGACUGACUGAAGAACGGAAUCGUCAGAAACGUGAGAAGCGAGAUCAGCAGAAGAAGCUUGGUGGUCUGAAGAAGGAAAUUGAUAGGCUUACCACUGGAAUUUCAUCAACUGGCGGUAAUGAUGACAAGUUGAGACAGAAAGCUCAACAAAGUCAGUUGCAUAUGAAACAAGCAGAAGAAGCGACUGCUGCCCUCGAGUCUCAAAUCGAGAGACUCGAAGCAGUUCCCACUGAUGAUACUUCUCUCUACAUGGAUUCGAAGGGCAAGAUCCAGUCUGCACGCGAUCAACACAAAAGACUCCUGGGCGAGCUGAAUGCUGCCAAGCAAAAAGCCGAGCGCCACCUCCACGGUCUGAAGAAUGAGCUCACUAGCAUUCAGCAGAAGUGCGAGAGCAAGCAAACUCGUGUAUCCCAGCUCAAUACCAAGCACGAAAGUCUCACUGAUGCGAAUGCCAAAGGUCUCGACGAGGUUCAACGCAAGGAAUCCGAACGGGAAGCCCAACGAAAGAGACGAGAGCAGAUUCUCACUUUUUACAGAGAGCGUCUUCAAGCCAAACUUACCGAGGUCCAGGAAGGGAGCACCGCUCUCUCUGCACUCGAUUCGGCCAUUGAAAUCGUCCAGCAACAGGUUGCAGAAAAGGAGGCAUCAUAUAUGCAGAGCGUCUCGAGCAGCUAUCCUUGGAAUCCCAUGCCUGCAACUUCCGGUCCGUACUAUGGAAGCCCUUACGGGCCGAUGAUGAGCAUUGCAGCAACAGGAUCACCCCAUGGGAGCAGGACUCGAGGACGAAGCUCUAGUAUGCUGAGCAAUGUCUCUGGCUUUACUCAA